AUGUCUUUAGUACAUUCCAAUUUUGACUUUUUGAAUAAACCUUGGUGGAGACCAGAUUAUGAUGACCACGGUUUCAUGGAAGUUCAUCGAGAACGUUAUUUAAUCGAAUGCGUUUCAGCGGAAUGCCCUUCUCGUUCUUCGCACCUAGCUAAAAAAGUUCAAAAUCUUCAAGAUACAAUUAACGACAUUUUUCCGUCAAUCUUCUUUCCAAACCCCAAUCGUCCAAUGGAUUGCUUUACGCCUUUGCUUGCACAGCAUUUGCAUAAACGCGUUGGAAAUGGGUUGAUUGAAAAUGCGGGUCGAUACAGAACGCGAUACGUUAUGGCAGCGCAAGAAAAUUAUGUUUAUCUGGCACAUUAUUUGAUAGAGAACAGAAUAGAAGAGCUAUUCCAUCAAUGUCGAGUAAAAUUUGGGAAAAAGGAGCUGGGGUUAGAUGAAGCUAUCAAAUUUUGGGCGUGUUUUCUAACACACUUCUUGUAUAUCCACCCUUUUAUUAAUGGAAACGGGAGAGUGGCUAGGUUACUCUUGAGCUAUUUGCUAUCGAACUUUACUGUUGUGCCACUUUCGUUGUACACUGGAACGAGAACAAGGGAGUUAUAUUUACAGUGUCUGCGUGAAACGAGGUAUCAAGAUCCAUUCAUGCCCAACGCACUCGCUACUUAUAUACUUGAGAAUGUAUACAUGACAUCUUAUAACAUAUGUGCAUUGAUGGAUCUAAAUGUUCCAAGUAAUGAUUAA